ACAUCAAUAAUUUGUAGUUCAUAUAUUAUAUGAGGUGUAGACACCAAGUGAAUAAAUUCGUAUAGCAAGUGGAAGUACGUGGAAUAUAUUCACAGCAUUCCCAGCAUUCAGGAAAAAGGGUAGCUCAUGAAAGAAAAUAAUGGCAGACAGAUACGCUUCAGAUUUGGCUCUUGUCGUCGUUGCGCAAAUAACGCAAACUAUUGGUUACAGCUGCACUCUUAGUGCACCCUUGGAAUUGUUGCAGGACAUAUUGCAGAAGUUUGUACAGGAGUUCGCGAGAGACAUGCAUGGACAAAUGGAGCACGCAAAUCGGAUCGAGCCUAACCUUAAUGAUGCGCGACUCAGUAUAAAAAAUCUCAGCAUAAACGUUCAAGAACUAUUGGACUACAUAGCUAAUGUCGAACCUGUUGGAUUUAUCCGGGAUGUACCGCAGUUUCCCAUCGGAAAAUCUGUAAACAUGAACUUCCUUAAACCUGGAAGCGCAGAAACUCUAACACGACCUGUGUACAUAUUUGAGUAUUUGCCACCAAUGCAGGACCCUGAACUGCGAGAAAUUCCAAACGAAGUUCAAAAAGAAUUUUCGGAAAAGCAAGAGUUUUGCUCAAAAGCAGAGUUUAAUUCAAAAAGUGCGGCCGAUAAGUUUGGCGCCGGACACAUUGAUUCUAUCUCUCCUAGUGCGGUGAUGACUUUACAGUCGAAUGCCUUUGACUUGGAUGUUGGUCGCUCAGUCCGCGAAAUGAGCAGCGUGGUAAUGACAACAGGGGGAUUCCUAAGUCCAGCUAUUGAAGGCAAGCUACCCGAAGAUUUCAUACCGGAUAUAGUUGAAAAAUUUUUAGGUUUGGAUGCACCCCUUCCAUCGUCGAUAAUUGUAAAUCCGGUAGAAAAUUCUCCAAGUCUGGCUAUUUCUGAAAGAGAAACAUCAGUAAAUCCACGAAAAAUAAUUCCGAACCAAUUCGCAGAAACUAAAAUCUUAACACAAAAUGCUGCAUUAUUGACAAGUGCGCAUUUAGAGUCUUCAAUAAUAAAUGCGUCUAACAACCAUACGAUGUCAACAAUAUUGACUGCUACAACACCUAAGAAGAAUAAAAACAAGAAGCAUAAUUUAGGAUUAGAGACCGGCAAAAGCGAAAAUAUAAUUAACCCCUUUGAAAAAUCUCUGGAGAAGUCCCAGCGAAAGGCGUUAAAAAUGUAUCAAGAAACCUCAAAGAUUCAAAGUAGUCAAAUGCAAAACGUAAAAAAAUCUAAAAAACGAUUAAAUCGAGGAUCAUCCGAUCCAAAUAAAAAACAUUUCGAAAAAUUAAAAAAGCAGUCCAAGCAUAAACAAAAAAAUGUUCAACUGGACAUUGACGAGAAACCAUUUUUGCAGAAUUCUCAAAUUACAAACGGUUUUGCCAUAGAAGGUAACUCAAAUACCGAAAAUGAUUUACAAGCUGAUAUCCUUAGACAGCCGACUUCAGCAAUAAACCAGAUUGAGAAUAAACUUCAAAGUUCAAAUAACCCAGUGCAGCCAUGUGUAAUUCAAAACUCGCAAGUGCUAUUGCCAGCAAAAAAAACCCCAUCAGAACCAGAACGAAGUAAAUUGGACGUUUUUAAGAAAUUUUCUAAGCCACGAACUCCACGCCAAGAUAGUGGAGGUACUUCAGUACCUCUUGGAAUAGGAGUAUGUGUAUUUGGAAGCACAAUGACCACUCCGCCAUUAAUUAGUCUUCCAUCGGGGACUACUAUAACGCCUACACCUUUACUUGGUAUAAAUUCUGAAGACAUAAACAUUUCGAGCAUGAAAUUCAACCCUUGCGGUAUAUUCGAUCAAACUCUACCUUUAACUAAGGCAGACGUUGAAAUGUCAAUUAUUGAUUCGGCAAAGCCAAAAAAGCGAGGUCGCAAACCUGGCGGAAAAAAUGUAAUAAAACAUACAAAUUUUGUAUCGCAAUCUUUGGUUGAUUCAGUUGAACGGAGAAAGUCAAGUCAGGCUAUUACACUGCCUCUAGCAUCAUCUCCCAUGUUAAUUACCCAAAGUUCUUUAAACGUAUCUCCCCCAACAGAACCUCUCAACUUGUGUAAUACUGAACAGCCCUCCAGUGAUUUUUUGGAAAAAUUGUAUACAAAAGAUAAAAAGGAAAAAAAGAAGUACAAAUCAAAACAUGGCACAUGCCUACCAGAAAAUGAAAUGGAAUACAACAAGGGCCGUUCCCCUGAAAAAACAUCAGCACUGCAUGAUUCUAUUCGUGCCACCAAACAAAAUACUGAUGCGCAAUGUCCCGAUAAAUUUUCGAUUGUUUCUAGCGCAUCAACUUACCCUGGAAAUCAAACUGGAAUGGUCCCGUUGCUUCCACUAUUGCAAUUUCCACCACGACCUGGUCUUAUUCCUACUGGGCCUGGGCUUUUUCCUGCAGUCUCUGGUUUGGUCGGCUUUGGGAAUCACGGUAACACAGUCCCUAUUUCACCGUUCAUAGAGUAUCCUGGACCAGAAGGAUCAGCCGCGGAUACUGCUCGAUGUCCACCAAUUAAGGAUUCUACUGUUGCUGAUACUGCUCAAUAUCUGAGCCGAUCUUCCACGCAAACUGACUUGCAAAUGGAUCGAAACUACUGUAACGUUGCUCCAUUAGUACCCGACUCAAUGAAAUUUACUGAGUGUAAAAGCGUAUCUUGUGCCAGCACUAGCUUAGAAAAACCAUCUGCACAGGCUACAAGCAAAAUGAACACGAAACCACUUAAACAGGCUUCUGGAGAUCCUGAUGAUCCGAUAGAGGUUUCCGAUGAUUCCGAUGAAUCAUUGCACAACAGGCAGAUGGUUCAAAGAAAACCUCCAAUAUCAUGUCCAACUUAUACCAGCUUCGCAGAAUCACAGACCUCCUCUAUCAUUUCAGCUACAUUUAUUGGUGAAGAAAAGUCCAACAUGGAACUAAGGAAUAUAAACUCUAACGAAUCAAUUAAAAAAUUUAAGAAGCCUGUUAAACUGAGCUUUCCCGAUGUAAAAAGCGUAACCCACACGCCAUCACCACCUUCAUUUUCGCAAUUUAACUUGCCAAAUUUUAUGGGUGGUGACAAGUUCAGUUUAGCUGGGGGUGCAGAUCUUAUUCCUUUGUCGAGAACGAGUAGUUCGGCAAAUUCCUCCAAAAUAGCGCCAUUCAGUAGCUUAGGUGAAAGCAAUACUUUACCGAAUCAAAUGAAAAUUUCAGAAGAGCACCAUAUUUUGUCUACAUUUUCUAACUAUGACGACAUUACAAUAACACCAACUGGAUUGACGGCGUUGGAACCAAAAAUGCGCAAACAUCAUAAAAAGCUAAAAAAGGUGAAAGAAGGGAAAAUAAAAAAAAAAAAAGAGAAGAAAGACAAAUCAAAGAGAAAGGAUCGUUUUGGUUUACCUUCUUUUAAAUCCGACCGAAAAAUAAAGGCCAAUGAUAAAAGGCAAAAAAAAGAAAAGAAAAAGGAUAAAGAUAAGCAGAUUUUAGUCCAUAUACCAGAUGACAAAAAAGAAUUUACCAAGGUGCCUUUGACUAAUAUCGUUGAACCUGUAUUGAAAUCAAGUUCCAUGACAAUAAAUCCACCGUUAGGUGGUACAAGUGGAAUGUCUCCAAAGUUACCGCAGUCUCCAAAUCAAAUACCCAAACUUACACUGAAACUUAGUGGAAAACCUACAUUAUUUUCGUCUUCAGAAAAUGAGAUGACAGAUGCAGGGAAACUAAAGCAAACAACUAUUUUUCCUUUAGGAAAGAAGGACCGUGAACGGGAUACUUCUCCGGAGCUUGCUCGUUUUUCCCCAUUGGUCACCGGGCCGCCAAAAAACAAACAAUCUGAUACACUGCUUUUAGGAAACUGCUCUUCGACAGCCUUACCAGUACCUUCCACAACAGCGCUGCGUAACGCUCAACUUCCUAUUAAUCAAAGCUCAUCCAAUUCUGCCGGUUGGUUAUCAAACCCUAGUAACUGCAAUGCUGCCUCUUCCACGCUUUCGGCUAGUUCUGUUUUAUUACCACAACAAUUGAUGUUGGCGCCUAAUACGAUCAUGAAUAACUUUGUUCAAGUGAUAGGCAACAGUACAGGAACAGUGUCAAAAAGUGCAUUAUGUGGUUCUCCGUUAAAUAUAUCUGAAGAAAAUGCAAAUGCAAUGCAAAUUACGGAACCAAGUCGUCCAUCGUCAUAUGUUGACGCCGAGGGUAACCGUAUAUGGAUUUGCCCCGCUUGUGGAAAGGUUGACGAUGGAUCUGCAAUGAUUGGAUGUGACGGAUGCGACGCAUGGUAUCAUUGGAUUUGUGUUGGAAUAACCUUUGCACCGAAGGACAACGACGAUUGGUUCUGUCGCGUUUGUGCAACAAAAAAAACAAUUCAUGGGUCUGAAAAAAAAAAGAGACGAAACAAAAAAAAGUGACUUCCAAUAAAUAAUUAGAAUCAUCUUGGUUUACAGUUUUAUUAUACAUUGAUUUUUAUAUGCAUACCUUGACAACCAAUAUGUUUCUACAUGUACGAGGUUACAACCCUAAUAAAAUCUGAAACAUCAAA